GACGGCAGCUCCGUUUUUACCUCUUUGCUUUCUUUAUUCCACCCUGCCUCCCCAUUUCUUUCUCUGUUUAAUACGCCUUAGCCUGCCCGUGUGCGUGUAUUUAUUUAUUUAUGCAUCCCGUUUGAAAGUGUUUAGUUUUUUUUUGUUUGUUUGUUUGUAAUUUUUAACAUUUUUUUAGUCGCUCCUCAAAUGAGAAGACGUAAAAGAUGGAGCUUCACAUUUUAGAGCACAGCUUGAAAGUGGCGAGUAUAGAGAAAGAGGGGAUCCAGAUUUGCACUCACGGAUUAAUAAAACUCGCCUUCUUGGCCUCCAAAACAAGAUGCAAGUUUUUCAGUUUGACGGAGACUCCGGAGGACUAUACCAUUAUCGUUGACGAGGAAGGCUUUAAAGAGCUGCCUCAGUCCGAGCACAUCAGUGUUGCCGAUGCCACAUGGUUGGCCCUGAACGUGGUGUCGGGUGGCGGCAACGCUUCCAGUUCGCAGCCCAUCGGAGUCACCAAAAUCGCUAAAUCAGUCAUCGCACCACUGGCCGACCACAACAUCUCUGUUUUCAUGCUGUCGACGUAUCAGACAGACUUCAUUCUGGUUCGAGAGCGAGACCUGCCCAUGGUCAUGCACACACUGUCUUCCGAAUUCACUUUGCUUCGGGUGGUCAAUGGAGAGACUGUUGCUGCUCACAAUCUGGGAGUCACCAAUGGCUUCGUAAAGCCAAAACUCGUGCCCCGUCCCAUCAUUCACCCCUUAUCUAGUCCCAGCAACAUGUUCUGUGUGACCAGUUUGGACCCAGACACACUGCCCUCUGUAGCCACCCUGCUCAUGGACGUCAUGUUUUACUCUGGAGGGCCAAAAGAGCCUGGAGCAUCCGGCGAAGACUCCAGCCACAUCCGCUUUUUCUCCUUCUCCCUGAUCGAGGGCUACAUCUCUCUGGUCAUGGAUGAACAGACAACUCAAAGGUUUCCAAACAAUGUCCUCUUCACCAGUGCUUCUGGGGAGCUUUGGAAAAUGGUUCGAAUCGGAGGACAGCCUUUAGGAUUUGAUGAGUGUGGCAUCGUGGCUCAAAUAUCAGAACCCCUGGCAACAGCUGACAUUCCAGCUUACUACAUUAGUACUUUCAAGUUUGACCACGCCCUGGUUCCCGAAGAAAACAUCCAAAGUGUGAUCGGCGCCCUGCGGACCGAGAGCACAGCGCAGUGAAGGAAGCUGGAGGAAACCGUGAAAACGACCAUUUUCAAAGUCAUUUCGUUCAAACGUUUAUCAUGUCCAAAAAGUGCCAAGAGCUCAUUAGCGGCCUGCUGUGGAUCAGCUCUGAGAGGAAGGAGGGAGGAGUGCGUUAGGGAUGCCUUUGUUACUCUGUCAUUUUGCUCAGCCCUGCCCCUCUCUCCUUCCUCGGCUGCCUGCUCUGGUAGUUUUUUUGCUUUAGUUUACCAAACUGAAUAUGUUUCUUUUCCUCUCUAAAGCUGCUUCUUCCCACUCCCUGACCCUCACAAGCACCAUACUGUAUUAGUUACAUAAUUCCUCUCAUGGAAGGAUGACGAAUGUACUCUCAAAAACGAAAGAAAUAUUAUAUAUAUUUAUCAAGCUCUCCAUUUUUUUUUUCUUUGGAUGUUUUUUCCACAGGUCAUUUUUCUCAGUGCCAACAUGUUUGAAUGCCUAAACCAAUGCCUUUUGUCAAAGUACUAUAAAUGUGUGCAAUUGAAGGAGGACACCAGUGAUGACCGGCUGGCUGAGUAAUACGGUAUGACUUUUUGUUUUUGUUUUUGCUUUUAAAAGCUGUUAAACUUGUUUAAUUACAGCAAAAGUUGUUAAAGUCCCUCAGACUUAGAAGGUAAAAUCAAAUGUUUGGUCUGGUGAAACAUGAAGUGAAUCCAAAAUGAUCAGUUAUAUACAUUUACACUGUGGGCAACCUGAUCGGAGGGUCAAUCAGAAUCAGCAGGUUAUUCACAGAGUUGUGGAACUCCAAAGAUUUAACUCGAAAUUUCCUCCUUUUUUUUUUUUUGGUCUUAACAGGCACUAUUUAUGUAGCAUUAUCUGACUUCACAUUUGGGAGCCGAGUUGACUAAUGGUCAAGAGGAAAUAAGUUAUAUUGACAUUUGAUCAUUAAAUUUGCUUUUAAAGUAAAUGAAACAUUAAGCUUGAAAUUGGAAAAUAUGUCUCAGUUCAAAGUUUAAAACUACAAAUUGAGUCUGUGCACUAAAUGGAUCGGCUUAAAAUUUGGCACAAACAUUGGUGGUUCCCAGAUGAUGUAUCCUUAAUAACUUUAGUGAUCCCCUGACUUUUCACCUAGUGUAAAAAUUUAAAUUGCUUCAAGUUGUAAACCGAAUUUUGCAAGACUUGGCCGUUUAGCAUGUUAGCAUAGCAACACUGCUAAACUUUAGCAUGUUAGCAUGUCACAGAACUUUUUCUUCCAAUCUGACAGUUUUGAGUCCUUCAAAAAUUAGUAAUAUAUCAAAAUAGAGACACGAGUGUGGGCUUGGUGCCUUUCUUUACAUGACACUGAUUAAUCUAAAGCUAUUGAGACAUUUUUAACUAAAAUCAACAUGUUGGUUAGAAAAAUAUGAGAACAAUUCUGUUUAAAAUGUAUUAUGCAGAUAAAUAUAUUGGUUCAUUUUUAUGUUGAAGAGUAUUUAUCAGGGUGAAGUUUUUAAAAAAUUGGACAUCAGCACUGUUCGAAUAAAUGAUGAAAAUGACCAAAAACUUGUAAAGAAAACGACUGUCACAAUUAUAUUAUAAUGUUAGUAUCAUGAAUUGCCAAUGAAACAUAAUAGAUACAAUAUGAAAUUAUGAAGAAAGGAUCCAUUUCUCCCUUCAAACCCAUAUGCCAAAUGUGAAAUUCCAAUAGGUUUACCAAUAGAUUGAUUGAUGAAAUAAUCUAUAGUUGCAGCUUCUACUUUACAGAUUGAUUUUCAUUUUUAGAUCCAACUCUCAGUGAGUCUGAAAAAGAAAAAUAUUAAAUUUGUGACUUUUUUAGCAGAGAUUUAAAAGAGAGGCUCAAUACCAUGUUUAUGUCUGUACGUUAAGCUGGAGGUGAUUAGCUUAGCUUAGUAUAAAGGACUGGAAAAAUGAGGAUCGCUAAUACGGUUCUGUCUGUUAUUCAACGCUGUCAAACAUAAGUUGCAUCUCGUUUGUUUGAUCUGAAAACAAACAAAACAAAAAACUUUUUUUUUUUUUAAAUUGGAGGGGGGGGUUUACUCAAAACAUUUCUUGAUUUUUGCAUCAUGAGCUCUUGGAAAGAUUUUUAAAAAAUACUUCCUGCACUACCUAAGAACAGUUGAGCCUUUUCCUUGUCUAAUGUGAAUAUUCACACAGUUUCUUCUGUUCACCUCUGACGACUCAACAGUCAUGUUGCUCACAGUGUGAAUCCACGGCGUCACCUGACGAUAAAUGCAAUGACUUAAAUGUUUGGAUCGACGGUAGUAAUAAAUUACUGAGCCACUUUGACAAUGUGCUACAAUAAUCACAGUGUGCUAAACAUAAGCUACGGUUCACGCAGGGGGAGGACGGUUUUCAUCCGAGCCCUGGUGUCCAUUUAGGUCCUGAAGCUGCCCCCCUCUCCUGCUCCAGUCUGCACUUUAAUGCAGGUUUCACCCCCACAGACCUGCUGUACUGAUGUGAAAACAGAGAGGGCUAUUUACUGUAGAAAGACCCUGUCCCGACUGAAACAUUUCUGUUGGUCUUAAGCAUUGGUGAUACUGUCUGUUUUUCCCUUUCUUUUUCACGCCACCUUGCACCUAACGUCAACCUCUCUUCUGAUCAGAUUUGAUUAAUAGAAAUCCUGACUUUAUCAGUGUUAAGACACGAGGAAGGUGACAUCUCUUUCCAUUUCAAAGAAAAACAUUAAAAGCUUUUGAUUUGGAGCUUCUUGUGUGUGUAUGUGUGCGUGUGCGUGUGUGUGUGUGUGUGUGUGUGUGUGUGUGUUGGGAAUAAGAAACAAGCUGUUUUUUUAAGCUUGCUGCGUGUUCAGUUUUCACCAAUGUGUCAUUUUUACUGUCUUUACUUACCAACGGGGAUUGUCUUCACACUGUUAUUUGCUCCCAAUGUGUACUUUAAUCAAUAAAGCGGUGACAUCUCUGCCCA